AUGAACAGUAUGCUUGUACUUAAUGUGCACGUGCCCAAGGACCGUGUUACGUUUACACAUCAGGGGUACGGUUUUGUGGAAUUCAUCAGUGAAGAUGAUGCAGAUUAUGCUAUUAAAAUCUUGAACAUGAUCAAACUGUACGGCAAGCCCAUCAGAGUCAACAAAGCCAGUGCGGAUAAGAAGCAAAUGGACAUCGGUGCCAAUCUAUUCAUCGGGAAUUUGGCGCCAGAGGUGGACGAGAAGAUGAUGUAUGAUACCUUCUCUGCCUUCGGAGUUAUAGUACAGACACCCAAGAUUAUGAGAGAUUUGGAUACCGGAGUCUCCAAAGGAUUCGGGUUUGUCAACUACGGGUCAUUCGAGGGAGCGGAUGCGGCCAUUGAGGGCAUGAAUGGCCAGUUUCUGUGCAACAGGGCUGUUUCUGUAGGGUUCGCUUACAGGAAGGAUGCCAG